AAAUUUAUUAUAUCAAUAAAUUCUUAAACACAUCCGAAAUUACUAAAACAAUAAUUUCGCGACGCGUGGCCGAGCAUUAUGAAACGGAAAGAAACUGGGUCAAAACCAACUCAAAUCUUUCACAAUGGCGGAGAAUUUUGAAAGGGCUGCCAAUGCUCGCAAGAAGAAACUCCCUUCCAUGGAUUGUCUUAUUAGGCAAGGUAAUGAUAUUUUAGAAAAGCGAAAAAAGAGAAGAAAGCCUAUUCAUUAUGAGUAUAGCACGGAUCCAAAAACUGGCCAACGGAGUUGCAAAAAUACUUACAAUCCAAAGUAUUAUAAUCGCGAUGAUACCGCCUCUAGUUCAAGAUCAAAAAACUUAGAGGAACACAGCGAUAAUAUUUUCCAAGAACAAGAACCACCAGAAGUAAGUUUAUUGGAUCGUGAAUCAGAUAUGGAUGUAACGACAAACGCUGUAGAGGAUGUGACAAUGAAUGAUAUCCUUGAAGAAGCAAAAGGAUUAUUAUGUAACUGGAAAUGUGGUGGUCAGCAAAAGAAACGAACCUGGCAUGAAAGACAAAAUUCCCUUUAUGAAAGCUGGGAGGAAGUCAGAAGUAGUUUAAUCGAAGUUUUGCUGCAAACUAAAUUUUCCAUUGGCAUUUUUGAUGAAUUGUUAUGCGAAAGCUGUAAAGAUGCCAUGGCAGUUAUUGGAUGUCAAGACUGCAUUUCACAUAGAUAUGUCUGUGGGGAUUGUGAUGAGGAGAACCAUAAGAACCAUCCAUUUCAUGAUCGAGAUGCAAUUUUGAAUGGUUUUCAUGAACCUAUUCCUCCAACAGCCUCAAUUAACAGCAAACUGGAAUGUUGGUGUGAGAUAAUGUUUUCCCUUGAACGGUCCCUUCCAUUUGGUGAUGUUAUUUGUCCCACAUGCCUAUUUCCUUGCAAUAUUUUAUAUGAUGAGAAGGGUAUGGGUUGCAUUGCUGUAACAUUGAAAGGUAGAUUCGACAUUAGUCACACAAAAUAUGAAUGUAAACAAUGUGACAAUGUUAUUUCAUCAACAAGUCCCCAUGUUUUAAUACAGCUGGGGUUUUGGCCUGGAACUAUUCGUGACAUGACAUAUGUAUUUCACCAAGAUCUCUUUCAUUUCUGGGAUAAUUUACAGAAGAUUGUUCCUGGAAUUUCUCAAAAUAGUUUUGUGAAAUCACUAGAAAUGUUUUCGAUACAAAAAGGGCGGAUGGGAACAAUUAACAGCAAAACAUUUGGUAGCUCUUUUCGUGAAUGGAAAUAUUGCCAAUAUGAAUUGAACAAACUACGGCAUAUUAACUGGAUGGAGUGCCCUGCAUGUGAACAGCAGACACUCCGUUCACAUGGAUGGUAA